AAAUGCUUUCCAGAUGCAAUUUAAUCCGACUCGCUAAGAAGAUAGGCAUCACUUAUGUUCGAGCUAUGAGUAUGGAUAGUAAAGGUGGUAAAAAAGGCAAGAAAGGUGGAGGUAGUGGAACUAAAGAUGGUAAUCCAUUACAUCUGACCCCACCCCCAGAAUUUCUGGAAAAGAGGCAAAAAUUAUGGGAUAAAUUGAAAAAGGAACAUGACGAUUGGUUAGCAGCACAGACUCCAGCACCAAUCAAAGUAACUCUACCAGACGGUAAAGUUGUAGAAGGAGAAUCAUGGCGUACCUCACCAUACGAUGUAGCGAAAGGAAUCAGCCAAGGUUUAGCUGAUAAUACUGUGAUCGCUAAAGUUAAUGGUGAAUUGUGGGAUUUGGAUCGUCCGUUUGAAAAAGAUGCCACGUUACAACUCCUUAAAUUUGACGACUCUGAUGGUCAGUAUGUUUUCUGGCAUUCAAGUGCACAUAUGUUAGGUGAAGCCAUGGAGUUACAUUAUGGUGGCCAUCUUUGUUACGGUCCACCUAUUGAAGGAGGUUUUUAUUAUGAUAUGAGUCUAGAAGGAAGACAGGUAUCGAGUAACGAUUUCCCCAAUUUAGAGACAUUAGUUAAAAAUAUAGCCAAGGAAAAACAACCGUUUGAGAGGCUAGAAAUGAAAAAAGAAGAUUUACUCAAGAUGUUUGAGUAUAAUAAAUUUAAACAAAGGAUAUUGAAUGAGAAAGUAACCACGCCCACUACCACUGUAUAUAAAUGUGGUCCAUUAAUAGAUUUAUGUAGAGGUCCCCACGUACGACAUACUGGCAAAGUUAAAUCAUUUUCUGUUACCAAGAAUUCCUCCACUUAUUGGGAGGGAAAGGCUGAUGCUGAAUCAUUGCAGAGAAUUUAUGGAAUUUCAUUUCCUGACGCUAAACAAAUGAAAGAAUGGAAACAUUUCCAAGAAGAAGCAGCAAAACGGGAUCAUAGAAAAAUAGGAAAGGAACAAGAUUUAUUUUUCUUCCAUGAAUUAAGUCCUGGUAGUUGUUUCUUUCUACCUAAAGGAGCUCACAUUUAUAAUAUCCUUGUAGACUUCAUUAGGGAAGAAUAUUGGAAGCGAGGUUUUAAGGAAGUUGUCUCACCCAAUAUAUACAACAGUAAAUUAUGGGAACAGUCUGGUCACUGGCAACAUUACUCAGAAAAUAUGUUUUCUUUUGAAGUAGAGAAAGAAACGUUUGCCUUGAAACCAAUGAAUUGUCCAGGGCACUGUUUGAUGUUUGAUCAUUCUACCAGAUCGUGGCGUGAUUUACCGAUCAGAAUGGCAGAUUUCGGCGUUCUUCAUAGAAAUGAAUUAUCCGGGGCUUUGACUGGUUUAACUCGAGUUCGUAGAUUUCAACAAGAUGAUGCUCAUAUCUUCUGUAGAUUCGCUCAGAUAAAAGAAGAAAUAGCAGGAUGUCUAGAUUUCCUCAAUGGUGUAUACAAAAUAUUUGGAUUUACUUUUAAAUUAAAACUUUCCACGAGACCAGAAAAAUACCUCGGUGAAAUAGAGAUGUGGGAUAAAGCAGAAAAGGCUUUAGAAGAGAGUUUAGAUAAAUUUGGUGAAAAAUGGGAAUUAAAUCCAGGGGAUGGAGCUUUUUAUGGUCCAAAGAUAGAUAUUACGAUAUUAGAUGCUUUACGACGUCAACAUCAGUGUGCCACGAUACAGUUAGAUUUCCAGUUACCAAUCAGAUUUAAUUUAGGCUAUAUAAAUGAACAAGGUGAUAAAGAGAGACCAGUUAUUGUACAUAGAGCUAUAUUAGGAUCUGUAGAAAGAAUGAUUGCUAUUUUAUGUGAAAGUUACGGAGGAAAAUGGCCAUUUUGGAUUUCUCCAAGACAGUCUAUUGUGAUUCCAGUCGCAGCACCUUUUGAUGAGUAUGCUAGCAAGGUAGCUAAACAACUUGAAGAAGCAGGAUUUUUGAGUGAAGCUGAUUUAGAUCAUGGGGAUACAAUGAAUAAAAAAGUUAGAAAUGCUCAGCUUGCUCAGUAUAACUUUAUCUUUGUUGUGGGAGAGAAAGAAUUGAGCAAUGGAACAGCGAACGUUCGUACAAGAGACAACAAAGUUCACGGUGAACACAGCAUCGAAGACAUCAUUACCAAAUUUAAUCAAUUUAAAUCCAGUAGAUGUCCAGACGCGGAAGAAACGUUUUAAAAUUGUUGUAAUUUAUUUAUGUUGCCAUGGUAACAAAAAAUUCCAGAUCUGUUACUAAAAAUAUCACAGUAUAAGGCAGAACCAAUUUUAUGUCUAGUUCGUCGUAGUUGUGAUUAAUAAACAUUCACUCGUGUAUUGGGGAAUAAAUUUGAAACUAAAAGUGUGCAGGAAUUUUUUUGGGGGGGAGGGGGGGAAUUAGUUCCCCCACCCACCUGAGUGCAAAAUUUGGAACUUGAUUCAACCAAGGAAUUGUUUUGGAAUUAGUUUCCCCCGAAGUAAAAUGUUUAUGUUUUUGAAGAACGAAAUAUUCUAAUUGGUUUUGUCUCAUAUAAAAUAUUUGAAUCCAUGGCUACUGCUUAUCACUUGAGAUUUAAAUUUAAAAAAUGUUUGAAAUACAGUUUAUCCAAUCUAUUCUAUAAAAUAAAAUUUAUUUCUAUUUAUUGUUCAUCCUUGGCUUAGAUAUUGGUAAUGAUUAUUUAGAUCAAGGUCUUUUCUCGCCAUUUUGAACAAAAAUUGACCAAUCAUAUGAAUAGGUUUCAGUCAUGUGAUCUUAUGUUCAGAAAGAAACGGAUCUACUGUGGCUUUUUGAGAAUUAGAUGUGCAUUAUGUAAGAUUUAGAUAAAGAACUGACCAUUCUUGCUAUAAUAGUUUAAAAAUAAAAAAUGAAUAUAUUGAAAAUUUCAUUCAAAGUUAUCACUGUUUGUAGUUUUGACAAGAUAUGUGCAUUGCUUAUUGUAACAGCAGUAUUCAAGACUUAGCCUCGCUUCUCCAUUUUCAAAUUAAAUCAUUAAAUGGGUGAAGCAUUCAAAUCUACUUAAAAUCAGAGCCUCCAUUGAUCUAGAGAGUUGAUUAUGGUCUGGAUAAGUUAAUAAAUGGCUAAUUAAUAAUUUAGAUAACAUUUCAGGCCUAAAGAAAGACCAGCAAUCGACAGAUUUAGCUCUUGUAUAAUGUAUGUUUAAAGACUUGAUAAAACCAAGAUAUGAUGUCAAAGAACCCAUUUGGUGUUAUCAUUAUAUUUAAACCAUGAAAACAAGACCAAUCCAUAAAUAAAUGUCUUCUACUUAGUGUAAAUAUCAAAUUGUUUAAACCAGUUUUGAAUUAAAGUAUUGUUAAUCAAAAACUGUUAUUGACCGGUUUAUCAGGAGGAUUGUAUAUGCGAUGUAAAUGAAAAAAUGUUGAAUCCCAGUCAAUUUUUAAGACUAACUGUCCCAACUAGCAUAUAUUACUUGAUAAUGACUAGAGAAGUCAGUUACUGCUAAAUGAUAAGGCCAGCUCAAUUUUUCGUCAUAGGUCACAAGAUGUAAACAGCGCUAGUGCUAAUCCCAACACUAACCCUGGACCUAGCCCCAAUGCUUAUCCUAACCCUAACCUACAAUCUCACCAUCAAUCUUGUGUCCUAACCCUGGACGUUAUUUACAUCUCAGCAACCUUGACAAAAAUUGAACUGGCCUUAACAAAUAGAUUUAGCCCUGCUUAAUCACUUACUAAUAAGCAGUAAUUGUAUUCCAUAGAACUGUGUAUUCCAGUUUAAUUACUAACUAAAUGUCAUUCAAACAGUUUGGCAUUUAUGGGUGAGUUGGAAUCCAUGGAUACGAGUCUGCUUUAAUUUAUUUCAUUAAAUAAUCAUUCACAAAUAUAUUUUAUGUUCAUGUAAUUCUGUAAAUGUCAUUAUAUUUUAGGGACUAGGAAUAUUUAUUUAUCUCACUGGGAAUAAGUUUAUUGCACUUUAAAAUAAUAACUAACAAUGUUGGAUAUAGUUGAUACUAACUUGUAAUGGUUUCUAAUCCGGGUAUUUUUUUUUAAAGAAAUCUGGGGCAAGUUGAGCGGGGGCGGGGAGAUAAUAGUGAGUUCUUAUAUUGUGCACAGAUCCAUUAAAGUUAAUCCUCAAGGCGUAUUUAGCUCUUCACUUAUCACAAGAUAAAAACACAGCUAAUGUUAACAACUAAUAAACAGUCGAAAACAAGGCGAGUCUUUAAUUCCUUCUUAAAACAGCUAAGAGAUUGUGAAUUUUUUAAGGUCAAGGGUAAUGAAUUCCGUAGGUUUGGUACAGGGUAUGAGAAGCAUCUAUGACCAAAUGUCUUUAGUCUAUGGUUGGGCGGGGUGGGGGGGUUGGAUGGCGGAAUGGUUAGCAUAUGCACGCUGUAUCAUAAGGUCUGUCAUUGAGUCAAAUGGCGUGGUUUUGAUUCCCAGGUUGUACUGACAAGGAGUAGGGUUGCCUGUUCAACCUCGUGGGGUGUUAUCCGGUUUCCUCCCACUACUAAAGACCCCUAUGCGCAAGCAAAUUAUUGAAAUAAAAUUGAACCAUGUGUUAGUCCCGAAAUGACCGGCUUUGUGUCGAGUGGAGGUUAAACCCCAUUUCUCUCUCUCUUUAGUUGGGCUCCACAAGACGUAGUUCAUAUUGGGACCCAAGAUUUCUUUGGGGGACAUAAAAAAAAACAAGCAUUGAGGACAAGUAGCCUGGUGCUUCACCUUUUUGGCAUAUGUAGGCUGUGUACAGAAAUUUGAACUGAUUACUGUUUUCCACUGGAAACCAAUGUAAAUCUUUAAACAGUGGUGUGAUAUGUCAAUUUCUACUAGAUUGGCUCAGGGUAACUGCAGUAUUUUGUACAAGUUGUAAUUUGUGUAUAAAGCGUGUGGAUGUUAAAGCGCGCUGUAUCAUAAAGUCUGUCAUUGAGUCGACCGGCGUGGUUUCGAAUCCCCGGUUGUGCGUGGCAAGGAGUAGGGUCGCCUGUCCAACCUUGUGGGUUUUCUCCGGGUCCUCCGGUUUCCUCCCACUGCUAAAGACCCCUACGCGCAAACAAAUUAUGUAAAUAAAAUUAAACCAUAUGUUAGUCCCGAAAUGACCUAGUUUGUGUCGAGUGGACGUUAAACCCCAUUUGUCUCUCUCUCUCUAUAAAGCGUGUGGAUGUUAAACCACCAUUUCUCUCUCUCUCUCUCUCUCUCCAUUUCUCUUUAUCAGUGAUUUUCAACCUGUGUGCCGCGAGAUCUUCCUAGGUGUGCCGCGAAAUUUUGAAUAGUAAACUUAGAAAAUGCGAAAAACAAUGUGAUCCCGAUUGCGUAUUCACUGGUGUCUCCUUUAUUUAGUUUGAAUCGUGCUAUGUGUCUAUGACUGGGCCUAGUCUGUGUCUACGGUUGUAUGGCGUCAAUGACUUACCAUGUUUUUAUUCUGCAAAAUUCAAAUAUUUUUCAUAUAUAUUUAGCCAGGUGUGCCGCUAUUUUUUCAUGUUUUCCAACAAGAAAAAGAGAACCACUGGUCUAAGUCUAUUGCUCUAGAUAAGAUUUAUUGCUUUCAGUAUGAAAUAUAUCUGUAAAAUUCAGUGAUUGACACUUUAUGGCAUUAAAACAUUUCAUUAGA